AUGAGAGCACAGUCAACUCUCCUUCUCCUAUUAUUGCUGGCGUUUCAGCAUCAGAUUGCAGCCUACAAUCAUGUAAAGCCGUCCAUUCACAAGGACGCUGAGGAAUAUACAGAUUCGCACAUUGCCGUGAAAUUUACUGGGGACAAGAAACUAUAUUUCUUUGCUGGUCCUCACAAGUCCGCUAGUACGAGUGUGGAAAAGUUCUUUGCCACUUGGGCCAAGGAAGGGAAUGUGGCCAAUCAUCCACAUACGACUGCUCUCGAGUACUGGCGAUGGCCAACAUUUGACGAAUCCUUGGGAGAAAAGCAGUACGGCAAAUUGGUCAAGAAUAAAGAUGAUAAGAGUUUUCUGAACAAGGCUUUGGAUGUCAUUCAAGCUAAGUUCGACGAAAGUGAAAAUGGUGUAUUUUUGGGAACCGAAGAAUUCGAUCAAGUCGGUCCGGACAAGUAUCUCGAUGCCAUGCCCGUCAUGGAAGCCAUUGUGGACAAGCUCCAAGUGGAUCACAAGGACAUUAAGGUCAUUCUCAACUACCGAGCUCCCCGCAUCGACCAAUGGAUCAGUAUUUGGAAGCAUGCUGGUGAAGAGUAUGCCGGUGCCUCCUACGAAGACUUUAUGUGCGAAGCCCAUGUGAACGAAGACGAUAAAAAGUAUCGAGCCAGUAUGAUUGGUGCUGAAAUGAAUCCUUUGGGAGCGGCCAGCAUCUUUUUGGAACGUGGUUGGGAGGUCACCCUGAUGGACAUGGAAGGUGUCGACAAGGCUGGCAAACAUAUUGUCCACACGAUCGGAUGCGAUGUUUUGUUUGGAGCAUGCGACGAGGGCGUUAUGCAUAGCCUUGGCGACUAUCUUCCGGUCAAGAAUAAGAUCGAGAAAGAUUUCAACGAAUUGAAUGAAGAAGAAACCGCCAAGAUUGAGAAACUCUUUCGGUAUCGUGAUUGCGCGUAUCAGAGUGAUUUGCAACAGUACAUUGACAAGGGCACACUGGAUAUUCUUUACCAAGAGAGCUUGUGGUCGGAAUGCGAGGAAGGUGCAGACUACUACAAAAAGUUCAAGGAUAACACGGAAAUGAUUUACAAUGCCUUGCUUGGACAAUUGGAAUGUAAGAAUGCGCCACAUGACUUUGUAGUUGGCGCCGAUAUGGAUGCUGCCCUGGCUGGUGUUGGUGCCUCUGGUCUGGGAGGCGGUGUGUUCAAUUUCUUGUUUUUCGUCAUGGUCUUGGUCGUCGCCAUUGGGUUUGGUGCAUUUCAGGUUUUGCAGAAACGGAGCAAGGAACGUCAAGAGAUAUUAGCUGCAGGUGGCGAUAUCCAUGAAGAGGAUGAUAAUGAAGAACCUGACACUGCAACUGAAAUGACAAAUGUUGGUGGGGGCUUUCGAGAUGAUGAGGAUUUGGACGAUGAGGAAGUUUCGGAUCAAACGUAA